UCCGCCCCUCAAAGCAAGCUCCUUUCUUCUUCCUCACCAUCCUCCGCUGCCAUUGACUUCCUUGUUCCAUACUGUCUACAUUUCUUUAGCCAUCCAUCGAGGCCUGCUUCUUUAUUCCAUCCUUUAAUCGUAGUACUAUUCUAAUGGAACAUUCCGCACCGCUCUUUUUUUUUGUGUGAAGGAAUGGAAUCUUUGGUUUUUUGUUCACUUUCGUGAGCUUAUUUGUCCCCGCUUCCUAUAUUCUUUGUUCCCUGCAUCCGCCAGGAUUUCGUUUCGUCGCCCAACAUUUUGUUUUUCCUAUUUGGUCCAUUUGUUACUACUCACUGCCAGAUGCGAUUUAACAUUGGCUUUGAUUGGCUGCUCUGCAGAGGAAGAGGGGGAAGCCACCUGGCUCCGAGUCAGCCAAGAGCAAGAUGGAGCAGAAGAUGGCGUUGGUCAAGCAGAGGCUCGCCUUGCUUGACAGUGCCAGCAGCAGCAGCAGCAGCAGCGGUGAGACUGACAAGGAUGAUGACCUUGUGCCCAUGGAUGAUGAGCUUGCUAUCGUUGCUGCUUACCAGCCUAUAGAAAUUGUUUGUGGUGAUACUGGCAACAAAGACGAGGUUAUUCCUUUAAAAAUUUUGGCAUCAAAGGGAGUGGAGAGUGAGAAAAGAGGGCUUCCUGGCCAAAAGAUAAGUGCAAGCUAUGGAUCUGCGAUGGAUAGAGCUGAGGAGGUACAGGCGAAGUUGCCAGCAGAACAUCCUAGCUUUGUCAAGCGUAUGCUACAAUCUCAUGUUGUCCGUGGUUUUUGGCUGGGUCUACCAACUUACUUUUGCAACAAACAUCUCCCAAAGGACGACACUGGAAUUGUGCUAGAAGAUGAGAAUGGACAGGACCAUCAGACUUUGUAUCUUGGUGCCAAGCAGGGACUCAGUGCUGGGUGGAGGGGUUUUGCAAUUAAGCAUGGUAUUAAGGUUGGCGAUGUUGUGAUUUUUCAGCUUGUGAGACCAACGAAAUUUAAGGUAUUUAUAAUAAGAGCAAAUGAAUUUACAACAACUGAUGGAGCGAUCAGUCUGCUGAAUUUGGAAGCACACAAGAAAGGGAAGCUAUCAAAAGAAGAAUGUUCCAGUGAUGCCAACUCCAAGGAGGCUGAGAAGGCUAGUGCAGUGGACCACAAAGUCCCUCGGAGUGACGACGAUAAUGUGGUAUUCAAUGAAGCAAUAGAUGGCCUCAGGAUUUCAGAUUCGGACAUGGACUUUGGUGAUAUCACGAGCUUCAGCAACUUCAACAUCGUGGUGGACAGCUUGGUCAUCGACUGCAAGUUUCAUGAUCAUCUCCGCAGGACAUACUAUGAGCUGUGCUGUUCCCAGAAUUCCUUCCUUCACAAGAAUCUGCUGAAGCAGCUAAACCUCACCCUUGUCGUGGGUGUGAUCAUGGAGACGAUCAGCAUCGCGGAGGGUAUCCGAGCCUGCAAGGCGCAGGCUUCUUCCCGCGAGGACCUGCUGAUCUGGAAGAAGACCCUGGUGUCCUUGGAGCUGCUGGGCAUGAACGUGGGGUUUCUGCUGAAACGCAUCAACGGUCUCCUUGGCCUCACAGCUGAGUCAAGAGACCUCUCGGAGUGCCAGAAGUACAGGGAACUGAAAUCGGAGAGGGCCCGUGCUGGGGAGAAAGUGAAAGCGCUGGAGCUUAUGCUGUCGAAUGUGAAGGGCGUGCUGCAGAAAAUGGACGCGGAGAUGGAGGAGAUGGAGUCAAGCGUGAAGAGAAGCGGUCUGACGCUGCAGCAGUUGGCUGCUGCGCCAUGGUGAUCUUGCCGGUUACAUUACCAGAGGCAACAUUUUGGGUACAUCUUUCAGCAGUGUAAAGGAAGAUGCACUGGAUGGAGUAGUGAGGAAACUACAGUGUCUGCAGAAGAAUGGACACUGCAUCAUGCAUGUCUACUGACGGCGAGUGGUGAGCCUGCUGGUAGUUAAGGAACACAUUUUGGGUAGACCUUCAGCAAGUACAUGCACUGCAGAGUAGUAGUAGGAGCUAGUACGACAGGUGGGUAACAGUGACACACACUUUGGUGUCCAGUUAGUGGUAGUGAAGUGACUGUAACCCUCAUGUAGCCGUCGCUGUAAAUUUCUGGGACCAGAAAUGAAGCAAGGUGGAUCGUUUCUGUGUUUGGCUGA